GGGCUGUCAGGACAGAAGACGCUAUUUUGGUUGGCCACUCACAGAAGGCAAUAGGAGCUAUUAAAUCUGAGACUUGAGUUUAGUUCUUGUCAUUUAAAGUCAGAGACAUUUCGUAUCAACCCAUUUUCCGCAGGGAUUAAAUAAAAGCUGCAAGUGAAGCAACUACCACCAGAUCUAAUUCUAAUAAAAGUACAAUCUUCCAACAGGAGCAAACAAAAACAUGUCUGAGGCACCGAAAAAAUCAAAGAUCUCUGCAUCGCGAAGACUGUUUCUGAAGACCAAGCUGCUGAAAACAGCAGCUGCAAUGUUGGAGAAGAUGAAGGAGGAGCGGAGCCUGCAGAAAGAACUUACUCUCACAGAGAAAGUUCCUCCCCUGCAGCUUUCUGGGUUGUCUGUUCAGGACCUUCAGGCUCUGUGCAAAGAGCUGCACCGUAAGAUAGAUGUGGCAGACGAGGAACGCUACGACAUUGACGCGAAGGUGUCCAAAAACAUCAAGGAGAUUGAGGACCUGAAUCAGAAGGUCUUUGCUUUAAAGGGUAAGAUGAAGCGACCUGCUCUCAGGAGAGUGAAGAUCUCCGCUGACGCCAUGCUGGGAGCUUUGCUGGGCUCCAAGGUUAAAGAGAGCGUGGACUUUAAGGCCAACCUGAAGACUGUGAAGAAAGAGGAGGAGAAGAAGGAGGAAGUGACAGACUGGAGGAAGAACGUGGAAGCCAUGUCCGGAAUGGAGGGAAGGAAGAAGCUUUUUAAUGCCAAUCAGUAAAUGCAUUUUUGUGGACAUUCUGAGAUCAAAAUGCAGUUGUACAGGGUAAAUAAUGACAGGAGACAACACAUACAGGGAUUGUCUUUCUGUAGAGUUAACAAAUGCACAAGAUAGGUAUGAGCAUGACUGUAUCUGUAGACUUUACAUGCUAUAUUCACAUUUAUUCAAACUACUACAGAAUAAUAAUCACUGCAGCAAUUUUUGCAUUAGGGUUGGUUGCACCCUUAUCCUUUGUGGUGUUUGCACUUGUGAAACAUUUGCGCUUCUCAUAUGUACACCCUAACAAGAAAGAAAAUGUUUCUUGACAUAAAAAAAAACUGAAAAUAAUAAAAUCUGGUAGAAACUGAA